UGCAGAUAAUUUGCACAAUUGAUUAAGAAGACUAAGAUGAUAAUGUGUGUAUUAAAAAACUUCAGAAGUCAAUGAAUAAUGUUGGAUUAAUCGUAAAUCUCUAGCUAUUUGUUUUUGUUGGUGGCAUUUUAAGUUCUUCUGUCGAAUUACUUGAUCAACUUCUCUCAUAAAUCUUUCUGAAUCCCAUCUUCAGUCAAUUACUACAAUUUCUCUCACAAAUAUUUCAUAAUCCCAUAGCUAACUUUCUUUGCCACUGUUGAGAAUUAUUUCUCAAACAAGCGGUUCUGACAUCAGAAUCAAGGUUUAAUUGUUGAAGUCAAAAGUUUCUUGUAUUCUUCUAUUAGAUCCUGAAAGGAAAGGGAAGGAUCGGAGAAGCACUUGGUUUGGCAGUACUGAGUAGUGAAAGUUACAAGUAUGGAAAGAGGAAAAGAAACUGAGGGAGAAAGAGAGAAAGGGAAAGCAAUCAGAUUAUCGAAAAGAGAAACUCUCUUCAACUACUGUGGAGGAUUCCUUGAAGCGGCCUUCUACAGAAAACUGCAACUAUGUUCUACAACUCAGAUCAUGGAAAGAGGAAAACAAAUUGACAGAGAAAGAGAGAAAGGGGAAUUAGCAAACUUUGAGGGAUAUCAAGUGAGUUACGAUCAAGCGGACUCAAUAUUGGUGGAGCCAUGGGGAGGCAAUGCUGGUGAAUCAGAAUGGAAUUACAAGUUGAAAAGUCCCAUUAAAGAAAUAUUGAUUGUUCAUGGAGAUAUUAUAGAUUCCAUCAUGUUCAGAACCGUUACUGAACAAGGUACUACCAUAGACUCAACAAAGUUUGGUGGGGAUGGAGGUCGAAUAGACAAGGUUGUUAUCGAGGCAACUUCAUUGGAAUAUUUAAAAGGCAUCAAGGGGACAUUUGGAUAUUAUUAUGGCCAUUCGGUUAUAAAAUCUCUAUGUUUUAUAACUAAUGCAAAGAAUUAUGGACCAUUUGGGUGUGAGGCUGGUGGAAUCCCAUUUUCACUUGUGAUGAAAGAAGGUGUAGCUAUUGUGGGAUUUCACGGGCGUUCGAGGUUGUACCUUAAUGCUAUUGGUGUUUAUUUGCAGAAACUUGCUCCUCCCACUUCAGCAAAGGAACCUAUGGUUGAAGACAUUGAAAUCCGUGACGUGUCAUUUUCUACACUUCGCAAGGACACUCUCAAUGUUCUGGAUUUCAUAGAGAGCUUAAAGAAUGAAGAAAUUCAAAAAGCUGUUGAUGUGGAUCUAACUGAAAAGCUGAUAUUGGAGCUGGACUUCCUCCUUCUGAAUCUCCAUCAUCUUUCCAAACAAACUUCUCCAUUCAUGACAGAUUAUGAGAUUCUUCAGAAUGUAUGUGGCAACAUAAGAGAUUUCCACGAGUGGAUAGUGAAUGGUUGCGUUGGGCAUGAGAUUGUUGAAUAUGUCUUACCUCAGUUUCAACUAAUGGCUGAGAGGGUAGGAUGCUUCCUAUGGCCUAAUCAAAUUGGUGGGCACUCUCGACUCUUCAAGCUAGAACAUCUAUUCUUUGAGAUUAUUCCAACUCAGUUGGAGGUUAUGCACAUAUGUUUUACAAAUUUGAAAGCUUCAACAUCAGCAGAAGUUGGACACUUUAUUAAGCAGCUCCUAGAAACCUCUCCGGACAUUCUUAGAGAAUAUUUGAUCCAUCUACAAGAGCACAUGAUAAAUGUUAUUACCGCUAGCACUCCAGGGGCUCGAAACAUUCAUAUCAUGAUAGAGUUCCUAUUAAUCAUUCUCACUGAUGUGCCUAAGGACUUUAUUCAUAAUGGCAAGUUGUUUGAAUUCCUAGCACGUGUUGGAGCACUCACCAGGGAUGUAUCAGUUAUUGCUCACGACUUAGAAGAGAAAUCAAAGAAAGGAGAGAGUACCAAUGAAACAAACAGUGCAACUCUAGACUUGCUCGAAAAUGUUGAACUCCUGAAGAGAGAACUCAAAGAUGUUUACCUGAAAGCCCCGGACUCAUCUCAACUCUACUUUCCCAGGAGGAGUGAUGGACCCCUGUUCAUGCAUCUUCUACUUAGACACUUAAAUGAUUUGCUCAAUUCCAAUGCUUAUUUAGUUGCUUUGAUAAAGGAAGAAAUCAGGCUGGUGAAAGAACAUCUAGAAUUUCUAAGAUCUUUCUUUGGGAUUGUUGAGCAAGAAUUGUAUAAAGUUCUCUGGGCACGUGUUUCAGAUGUGGCAUACGAGACAAAAGAUGUCAUUGAUUCAAUUAUUGUAAGAGAUAAUGGACUCUUACAUCUUAUUUUCUCACUUCCCUUUGCCAUAGAAAAGAUUAAUCUUAUCAAAAAAAAGGUCUCAAAUUUGAUCGAGAAGAUUCCCAAGAUCAUGGGCGUCAUUGCUGUGAACUCUCCCAACAAGCCAGUUGCGCGUAAGUCAUCAAUAUCUGGUAAAAUAAUCGUAGGUUUUGAAGAGGAGACAUACUUGAUAAUUAGGAAGCUCACCAGUGGACCAAAAACGCUAGAUGUCAUUUCGAUCACUGGUAUGCCGGGUUCCGGUAAAACUACUUUGGCGUACAAAGUGUAUAAUGAUAAGUCAGUUUUUGGUCAUUUUGACAUCUGUGCAUGGUGUACAAUCGAUCAAAAGUAUGACGAGAUGGAGUUGCUGAAAAAACUUUUUAAUCAAGUUGUUGGCUCAACUUCGAAAUUCGGUAAGAAGAUUGAUGUUGUUGAUGAGCUACGGAAAUAUCUGUUUGGAAAGAGGUACCUUAUAGUCUUAGAUGAUUUGUGGGACACUGCAGCAUGGGAUGAGUUGACAAGACCGUUUCCUGAAGUUGAGAAAGGAAGUCGAAUUAUUUUGACGACUCGAGAAAAGAAAGUGGCUGUGCAUGCACAACGCCACAGUGUUCCUCUUGACAUUCGAUUGCUAAUACUGGAAGAAAGUUGGGAGUUAUUAGAGAAAAAGGUCUUUGGAAAAGAAAGUUGCCCUGAUGAACUACUGGAUGUUGGAAAAGAGAUAGUCCAAAACUGUAAAGGGCUUCCUUUGGUGGUUGAUUUGAUUGCUGGAGUCAUUGCGGGGAAGGAAAAGAAAAGGAGUGUGUGGCUUGAAGUUCGAAAUAAUUUGAAUUCCUUCAUUUUACAGAAAGAAGAGAACGUGAUGAAUGUUAUAGCAUUAAGUUAUGACCAUUUACCUGAUCCCUUAAAGUUGUGCUUACUUUACUUUGCAAGUUAUGAGAAGGACAGAGCAAUUCCAGUAGAAGUUUUGAAAAGAUUGUGGCGUGCCGAAGGAUUUGCGGAACACACUGAGAUGAACAGUGUGAAAGAAGUGAUGGAUGUUUAUUUGGAUAAUUUAAUUUCCAGUAGCUUGGUUAUUUCUUUCAAGGAGAUAGGUAAAGACCGGACUUGCCAAAUUCAUGAUCUUGUGCAUGACUUUUGUUUGAUAAAAGCAAGAGAGGAAAAGUUGUUUGACAGUACAAGUUCAAGUGCUCUAUCAUCAUCUUCUUCAGAUCUGAUGCCACGUCAAAUGAACAUUAGAUAUAGUGAGGGGCAUAAAAAUUUUAUCCUGUUCGAUUCAAAAAAUAAAAGGCAUUCUGGUUAUAAACACCUCUAUUCUUUGAGGAUAACUGGACACAUAUAUCAUGACAAAAGUCUUUAUGAUUUAUGUCACCUAAGACACUUGAGGCUUCUUAGAGUGUUGCAACUGGAUGGCAUUCUGGUGAAUGAUUCUUUGCUGAAUGAAAUAUGCACAUUGGUUCAUUUGAGGUACUUAGACAUUUCGACAGAAGUUAAAUCUCUUCCUUCGUCUUUUUCAAAUCUUUGGAAUCUGGAAACUCUAUGGGUAUAUAAAUAUGGACCACCCAUGGUACUAUUACCAACAAUUUGGAAUCUUGUAAAGUUGCGAGUACUGGGCAUAGAUAAUUGUUCUUUCUUCGAUUUGGAUAAGAAUGAGCCAAUACUGAUUGCAGAGUACUCAAAGUCAGAGAACUUGGGAUUAAUACAGGGACUCAAACUUUCCUAUUCAAAAGACACAGAGGAUAUUUUCAAAAGGUUUCCCAAUCUUCAAGAGCUUAGAUUUAAUCUCAAGGAAUCAUGGGAUUGUUCAACAGGGCGAUAUUGGUUCCCGAAAUUGGACUUCCUAAAUGAACUACAAUCUCUCAAAGUAACUUUUGAAAGAGGCCGAUUUGCCCCCUCUGUAGCGGAAAAUCGGCCAUUGUGGGAUUUUUAUUUCCCUUCGAGUUUGAAAGAUCUGUGGUUGCGCCAGUUUCCUUUGACAUCCGGUUCACUAUCAACAAUAGCGAAACUGCCCAAGCUUGAAGAUCUGUACCUUGAAGACACAAUCAUCGAGGGGGAAGAAUGGAACAUGGGGGAGGAAGACACCUUCCAGAAUCUCAAAUGUUUGACAUUGCAGCGAGUGACUCUUGCUAAGUGGGAGGUUAGAGAGGAAUCCUUUCCUGCGCUUGAGAAAUUACGACUGUGGUACUGUCGAAAGCUUGAGGAGAUUCCACCUAGUGUUGGGGAUAUUUGUUCAUUAAAAAGUAUCGAACUGCGGAGGAGCCCUCAACUUGAAGAAUCUGCUCUGAAGAUUAGGCAAUAUAUUGAAGAUAUGACGAGGGAUAUCCAGAUGGAAGAUGCAGGCUGCAAGAAUCAGCCUAUCAACGCAUUUGGAUUUGAGGCUGCUGUAUCUUGAUCAAGAUGUUUCAAUAGGUGCUUCUGUACAAUAUUUGGCCUCAUAUAUGUGCAACAUACCUUCUGCAGACUGAACAUGCUUCUGUUCCUCUGUCAAGAAUCUCCAACACCUCCAUUGUUGAUUUUGGAGUCCUGAUGUUGAAUACUUAUAUAGAAUGUGUAUUCACUUUACAUAACAGUGAAGAAAGAGUAGAUGGUGGUGCAACUUCAACUGUAAUGCAGAAAAUUCAAAUUCUCCGGUCUUUAUACCUACCUCGUUGGCUGCCAGUGGUGAGGCGCAACAAGUUGAUGCACAUGGGAUGAAAGAAACAAGUGCAAUUAGAUUGAUUGGCAUUUGCUGCACUCUACUGAGAUAAACUAUAUCUGAUGCCACAUGGGCUAUAUUUCCCAAUUGCAAGUAUACUUAGUCAUGUUUCAAAAGAGUCGAUGAAAUGUAAAACAUGCCUAAUAUUUAAAAUGUAAUGAAUUCCACUUUUCCUUCAAAUUUAUUGUUUAAAGCAAUGCUAUCAAUACACAUUAAAGAAUAGUCAACAGUAAAAAUAGCAUCUUGACAAGAGCA